AAACAUUGCACAACAAGUUGGAAAUCGCAAAUUCAACAAUAAGUGGUUUUGAAGGAAUCAGUGGCUAAUUGCACUGGAUGUGUGGUCCCAAGUUUGAGUUUAAGGAUAUUUUUCAAAGCUUAAAAGGGUAAACAUUCAACAUUGGCCAUGCUGUCAAUCCAGCAUAUCUUCUGCCACGCUCAAACAACUGGAAACUCGGAACUGAGACAUCUCAGACUUCAGUGAGUUCAAGAUAACUGGAAACUCUGAAAAAUACCAGCUCCGACUGAAAAAAUUGGUUUUGAACAGUCAUCCAACUCGGAAUUGCAAGUCAGGAACUCAGGCCUCUUUCUAGAGCUCCGACCUGAAGAUCACUGACGUCAUCAUGAUUCUACCAUGUUUUUUUCAGAAUUCCCAGUUGUCUUGAAAGCACCAUAAAUCCAGAGAUUGCCAGACUUUGAUGACUAAGUUUAAUGACAAAUGUUGACCACGAAGGACUGCCGAGCCACCUUCCUGUUCAAGUGAGCACAGCACAGCAAGAUCAUCUCUGACCUAAAGAAGGACAACUUCAACCUCAGACUCCGCAUCUUCUUCUACGAGGAGCGGCUGCAGCAGAGGUGUGAUGACUCUGUUGAGGAAAUGUACAAAACAAACAUUGACCUGAAGGUAGAGGUUGAAACACUGAAAGAGGAAAUGAAGGAGCUGCAGAGGGUCUCUGCCCUUGCACUUCAAGAUUACCCAGAGCAGAUGGAGCAGCUCAGAGAGUACUGCAACACCAAGAUCCAGCAGCUAGGGAAGGAUCUGGAUUCAUCCAGAGUGGAGGUGGGGAAGCUGACAACCAUGUUGGAUCAGGAGAGGACGCAUUGCCUGGAGCUGGAGAAGGAGCUUCAGGGGGAGGGUCACUCCCAAUCUGACGUACCCACACAGACUGACCAUUCAAAGUUGGACACCCCCACCUAGCCUGAACACUCACAGUCCGAUGCACCCACACAGACUGACCCCCUAUCCAAAGAACAGGAACCAGACCAGAACCCGGAGAAGUUCCAGGACCUACUCAGUCUGUUGGAAGAGAGAGACUGGCUGAUAGAGCAGCUGCAUGUGUUUGUGAAGUCCCAGGAGGCUCUAAUAGACCAGCUGAGAUACAGUGGUGCUGGCCAGGGUAGAGACCAGCCAUCAGCUGACCCUGACCGCCAGCUGUCAUCUCUCAUUGCUCAGAGAGAGAUGGACCUGCAGGUCAGUGUGUGUGUGUGUGUGUGUGUUUGUGGGUGUGUCAGUCACUAACCUUUAAAACCUUUAUUGCCAGAAAGAAGAGGAAAUAUGACAGACACCUGAAGGUGGAAUGAGACACAAGAUCCUAAAUUCAUGAUCAAAUCAAGCAUCAACUUACAUAUUAGCCCAAUCAAAAACAAAAGUUAUCAUAUACAUACACUACAUAACCAAAAGUCCACUCUUCUGGGAAGGCUUUCCACUAGAUGUUGGAACGUUGCUGCGGGGUCUUGCUUCCAUUCACCACAAGAGCAUUAGUGAGGUCGGGCACGAAUG